AUGAAUGCACCUGGAAAUAAUCAAAUGAUUGCCCCAAAAAUUCAUAAGCAAUUGGUGAAUGCUUGUGCAGUUGAGACCACAAAUACUAUUCUAGCUGAUCUUGGAGAUAGGUGGUUCACUUUACUACUUGAUGAGGCUCGUGACUGUUCAGUGAAAGAGCAAAUGGAAGUUGUUAUUAGAUAUGUGAACAAAUAUGGAGAGGUGAUUGAACGAUUUAUGGCUGUAGUUCAUGUUGCAACAACUACAACUGCUUGUUUGAAGGAGGCAAUCGACUCUUUAUUUGCUAAGUAUGGUUUGUCAGUGGCGAGAUUGAGGGGUCAAGGAUAUGAUGGUGCUUCUAAUAUGUCUGGAGAAUUUAAUGGAUUAAAAUCACUGAUAAUGGAAAAAAAAUCCGUUAUCGAUAUUAUUCUACAGGAGAUGGAUAGCCGUUUCUCUGAAACAACUACAGAUUUGUUGAUUAAUAUGUCAUGCCUUGAUCCUAGGAACUCGUUCUCUAGAUUUGAUGCACAGAAGUUAGUGCGUCUGGCUCAUUUUUAUGAGGAUGAUUUUUCUUGGAAUGAGCGUAUGUUGGUUGAACAAGAGCUUGAAACAUAUAUUGAUGACGUCAGAUCAGAUGAAUGGUUUGAAGGCAUUUCAGAUUUGGGAGCUCUUGCAAAGAAAAUGAUUGAAACAAUGAAGAACCGUGUGUUUCCUUUGGUUUAUCGGAUGAUUGAGCUAGCCUUACUUCUUCUAGUUGCUACUGCAACCGUUGAAAGAGUGUUUUCGGCAAUGAAUAUUGUCAAAACAGAUUUGCGAAACAAGAUUGGAGAUGAAUGGAUGAAUGAUAGUUUAGCAGUCUAUAUCGAGAAAGAUGUUUUUAAUACUGUCGACAAUGAGCUAAUUUUACAGUCUUUUUCAGAACAUGGAGUCUCGAAGAAUGCAAUUGUCACAUCGCGGCCGCCCCUCCAUGAUUAA